GACACCUCCUUCUUUCCACCCUGCUAGCUCUCACGCGUGUUCUGCUGUUCAGUCACAGCUUUUCUUCCGGGACUUCCUUGUCUCUUCGACCAAUCAAAGUGCUCUUCCUGUCCUUACUAUUGUCAGUCCGCUGCGAAUCGGCGCGCCUCUACCAACGCCCCUUAAAGGCGCAGCCAACGCCUCCCCCGAGCGAACCAAUUCCUCGGUUCUUACCCCCAACUGCAGUAUGGAGUCGUCCCGGGGGCGGCCUGCGCCCGAGGCGGACCUACUGCCUCCGGGGAAACAACAAGCUACGAUCUUCACCGGAGGCCUGGGACGAACGCCCUCUGAACCUCCCUCAGGCCUCCGGGUGUCCGAGGAGGAAGAGGCCUCGAACGUUGCGGGCACGAGCCGCCACCCCAGGGACUCCCUGAAGACUUUGAGGUGCAGCUCCGACCCCCGGCCGGAACUGGAAGCUUGGGAGGACAAGCCCGGCUGUGGAGGAACGCCGUCUGGGGCGGGGAGCCUCUGGGGGACGCCGGGUCCCAAGCACGACCCACACGUGUCCUCCCGGCGCAAGGACCCUGAGCCGCCAGAGGACAAGCCUUCAACCGGGACGGUCUGCCGUCUUGGGGGCUCGGGAGGCAGCGGGAUGGAUAUUGAGCGGGAGGAGGAAGACGACGAGGACGCGGCGGCGGCCGGGAGGGCUGGCCGCUCGAUCUCCACCCGCCUUCAGGACAGCCGCAGCCUGGAUGGGCUGAGCGGGGCGUGUGGCGGCGCCGGGUUGGCAGCCGGUGCUGAGUCUGGCGCCGGCGGCGGGCGCCGCGCCACCAUCUCCAGCCCCCUGGAACUCGAGGGCACCGUGAGCCGCCAUGGCGACCUCACCCACUUUGUCGCCAACAACCUGCAACUGAAGAUCCGUCUGAGCGGCACCCCUCAACCCCCGCCCCCCGCCCUUGCGCGGUCGUGUUCAGCGCCCGCACCCACUCCUGCCAUCCCCCCUAUCGACCCCGACGUGCUUCGGGACUUGGAGCGGCUAAGUCGGGAGCUGGGCGGCAGGGUGGACCGUCUACUUCGUGGGCUAGGUGGCGCGGUGCAGGAGCUGACAGCUCUGAGCGUGGGCUGCAUUCAGACCUACCGCGAUGCCGUGGACUCCCUAGGCGAAGCCGUGGACAUGAGCAUCAAGGGCAUGUACACCCUGCUGGCGCGCUGUGAGGAGCUGGAGCGGGCUCUGCAGCCAGUUCAGGGGCUGGCGCGCCAAGUCCGGGAUAUCCGACGCACCCUGGAAGUGUUGGAGGCCCUGUGCAAGUGACCGGGAGGGCAGGAGAGGUCUGGCCAGGCCAGGGCCGGGAAAGAUCCUAAGGACUCUUCAAGGAGCCCUGGUGGGAACUGCCUGCUGAGAGGAGGUGUAUAUGUUGGAAGCUGUCCCAGAAGCAUUUAGCAUGCCCACGACCACUCGCUGGGCCUUAUGCAGGUGUACAUGGGGAAGUUCUAAAGGUUCUCCUGGUGGGAGGGAAUGAUGUUCUGCUUCUGUUAGCCAUCUGUAGCUACCUUAUUCUCCAACUCUUCCCUAGCUAGAGCACCAUUUCUGGGAAUCCAGGGCUUUAGGUCUCAGCUUGGGAGACAUGACUGCCAUAUGUGGUAGAGAAAGGAGAACAGAGGAGGCCCUAAGCCCCCACUGUGGCCACCCUGACUCCAGUGGUCACAUGUCAGGUGCCAGGGGCUGUCAGAUCUAGAGUGUUCCUUGGCCAUACACCAGGCAGAUAAAGAUGCACAGCUGCAGGUGGAUAACUUCCUGCUUCUGCCCUCUGGCGCCCUACUAUUCCCCAACCCAGAACCUGGGUGGAGCUAGAAGGAAUGCAUUGCAUGGUAGAGGGGCUGAGUUGGGAGGGGUCUUACUGCUCUCAGGGUUCAAGGAGAAUUGCUGGUUUUGAAGCCCACCUGUUGUGGAGUGUUCUAAUCAGUUUUGGCUUUCUGAGUUUUUGUGGAAUUAAAGUGCUGCUGCUGCUGAGGCUGAGCCUGUGUCUGUCUGGGGUUGCAGGGAUUCAUGAGCCAAAGCAGUGGGAACGGGGUAGGUUUUCAUGGAGUUCUGUUAGGGCUGGUGCUGGGAGUGGGGUGGAGGUCCCAGGCUACAUGGGAAAGGAUAUGGUUCCUUCUCUUAAGCAGCAGAUCUGAGGGGAAGUGCAAAACAGAGGUAGGGGCUCAGAGAUCCACUAAAAGCAGAAAUGGAAGAAAGUUGCACCGGAAAAGAAAGGGAAGGGACCAUCUCAGAUCCUGAAGUGGAAGGCAGGGAGUGGGAGAAUUGGACAACUUGGCUAUAGAGGAAAACUGGAAACAUUUUGCUUGCUCCAUUCCUGACUCCGUUCCCACACGUCCCUGAUCAAUGCCAUAUGAACAGUUUGAGACAGUCUUUGUUCCAACCCCUGGCAGGCUUGUGUUUACAGUUCACAUAGGAAGUUCCAGGAUCCCCUUUACCAUCAGAUUUAGGAACACAGAUUACAGAAAGAGCUCCAGUUUUAUAAAAACUUCCUCCCCGAAGACACCACCUCUUCAGGCUGAAUUUUAACACGUUUUUCUUUUAGGUAUGAAAAUUCUGGGUGGAAAUGUUGCUUUAUGAAACUUAUGAUGCAAGUUUUAAAA